AUGGGCGAUGCGACAGAGACAAACGGCGAUGUCUACCCUGGCAUCUCAAACCGUUUUGGACCCGUGCAGAAGGACAAUGAUGUUCAGAUGGCGGAUGCGGAAGCUCAGGACAACGGCGCCCUCAGCAAAAGAAAAGCGCGAACCAGUGUUGGCCAAAGAAAAUCCUACGCGGAACCAGAGAGCAGUGAAGAGGAUGAUCAGCCUUGCAAGCGCCGUCGCACUUCUGUGAAGCAUGAAGAUCCGGAAACGGAUGAAGAUAUACCUCUAGCGCUUAAUGGGAGAAAGCUGCCAAAGGCGGCGGAAACUUCUAUUGUCGAAGAAUCCGACUCCGAUGUCCCUAUUGAAAGGAAACUUGCUUCUCAGAAGAAGAGAAUUCAACAGAAGGCAGAAAAAGAUGCCCAAGCUAGUCGCAAACAAGAGUCCACGAAGGCGGCAGCGAACAAGAAGCCGACCAACGGCAUCAAAAAGGAGCCAACAAAUGAUAAGAAGCCUGUGAAGAGAGCAUCUACAACAAAGGUAAAGACAGAACCGAAGUCCGCGCAGUCUACCCCCGUGAAGAAAGGGAGUGCGAAAGCUACGCCAGUGAAGAAGGAAGCGAGCGAAGAGGCCGAGGAGGCCGAAGAAGAAGAAUACAGGUGGUGGGAAGAUCCCACAAAGGGGGAUGGAACGAACAAGUGGACAACCCUCGAACACAACGGUGUCGUCUUUCCCCCACCAUACGAACCUCUACCAAAGGAUGUCAAAUUGAAAUACGAUGGUGUUCCAGUCAAUCUUCACCCUGAUGCGGAAGAGGUGGCAGGCUUCUUUGGAAGCAUGUUGAAUGCGACUCAGCAUGUCGAAAACCCUACUUUCCAGAAAAAUUUCUUCAUGGACUUCAAAGAAAUCCUUCAGAAGACAGGCGGUGCAACGGACUCCAAGGGUAACAAGGUCAAUAUCAAGGACUUCUCCAAGUGCGACUUCCAGCCAAUAUUCGCAUAUUAUGACAUGAAGCGCCAGGAGAAGAAGAACCUACCCCCAGCUGAGAAGAAGCGUCUGAAGGCUGAAAAAGAUGCCGAAGAAGCCCCCUAUACGUUCUGCAUGUGGGAUGGCCGAAAGCAGAAGGUUGGAAACUUCCGUGUUGAACCCCCUUCUCUUUUCCGUGGUCGUGGUGAGCAUCCCAAGACGGGGCGUGUUAAGUCUAGAGUUCAGCCUGAGCAGAUCACCAUCAACAUUGGAAAAGACGCCCCUGUACCUCCACCGCCGGAGGGCCACCGUUGGAGAGAAGUCAAGCACGAUCGAGAGGGCACGUGGCUUGCUAUGUGGCAGGAGAACAUCAAUGGCAAUUACAAAUAUGUGAUGCUUGCCGCGAACUCCGAUGUUAAGGGCCAGAGCGAUUACAAGAAGUUCGAAAAGGCUCGUGAAUUGAAGCAUCACAUUGACAAGAUUCGCAAGGACUACAAGAAGAAUAUGAAGAGCGAGUUGAUGGUGGAGAGACAGAAAGCCACGGCCGUCUACUUGAUAGACCAGUUUGCCCUUCGUGCUGGUAAUGAAAAGGGUGAGGACGAAGCGGAAACAGUUGGCUGUUGCUCUUUGAAGUACGAGAACGUCACGCUCAAGCCACCAAACAAGGUUAUCUUCGACUUCCUGGGUAAAGACAGCAUCCGAUUUUAUGAUGAAGUCGAGGUCGAUGCCCAGGUCUUCAAAAACCUGAAGAUCUUCAAGAAAAGUCCUAAGAAGGAAGGCGAUGAGAUCUUCGAUCGGUUAACGACAUCUGCACUCAACAAGCACCUUUCGAACUAUAUGCAGGGCUUGACGGCGAAGGUUUUCCGUACCUACAACGCUUCACACACGAUGAGUACACUGCUCAAAGAGAUGAAAGCGACUGGCAACAUUGCAGAAAAGGUCAAGGCGUACAACGAUGCCAACCGUCAAGUGGCCAUUCUCUGUAACCACAAGCGAACUGUGACCGCGUCUCACGCUAAUCAAAUGGAGAAGAUGGGUGAGAGGAUCAAAGGUCUCCGUUACCAAAGAUGGCGCCUCAAGCAACAGAUGCUUGAUCUGGAACCUAGUCUUAAGAAAAAGAAGGGGGCUAAAUUCUUCGAAUUGGAUGAGGAUAUUGAUAUGGAGUGGGUCAAGGAGCAUCAGGUUUUCUUACUCGAAGAGCAACGACAGAAGAUACAGAAGAAGUUCGACAAGGAUAACGAGAAGCUUGCGGCAGAAGGGGAGAAGGAAAUGAAGGCCAAGGAACUUGAAAAUCGGCUGGAAGUAGUCAAGGACAUGGAGAAGAAGUUCAACAAAGAAAACAAGACAGGAAAAGUGGAAGCUGAAGGCAAAGGCCCCACAGUCGACAAGCUUGAAAAUGCCAUCCAGAAGCUUGAACAGCGUAUUGAGACCAUGGAAUUGCAGGCUCAGGACAAGGAAGAUAACAAAGAAGUGGCCCUCGGAACGUCCAAAAUUAACUAUAUCGACCCUCGUCUCACGGUUGUUUUCAGCAAGAAGUUCAACGUCCCAAUCGAGAAGUUUUUCUCCAAGUCGUUGCGUGAGAAGUUCGAGUGGGCUAUCAAGUCUGUUGAGGAGGAUUGGGAGUUCUAG